ACCGGUGUGCGCUGUAGGCUCGAAGCAUAGUUCUUCCGCACGGUGACUUCAGUCUUGUUUGCCUGCUUGUCUUGAAAGCAUCGGUUGCGGAGUUUGUGCAUUGUGCAUAUUGUAACGCUACGACGACGUUGAGUUUAACAACAGUACCGGUUGGUUGGAAAUUCUUGUGCGAUGGAAAAAUUCUAAAAAAGUGACUUUAUCAAACUAAACUGCGAAGAAGUUGAUAUCGUAAAAAAAUAAAUAAACCAAACAGUUCACGUAGGAGUGGUUCAAGUGCGUACCCUGGAGUGCUUAGUGUCGUUUAAUUGUCCUUCUGUGUGCAAAGUAGUGUGUUUUUGUUCUAAAGUGUCGUCCAGUGUGUGCUUGAGAUCCAGGCCGUGACCGUGGUAGAACCGAAACCGAACCCCGACGAGAGUGCACGGUGCUCCUGAAAAAGGGAUACAAAUUCCUGAGCGUGUGAUCUCGGUGACUCGUAAAACGCAGUUUGUGGAGUUUUGCAAAUCCAGUUCUCCAGUGCCAGUGUUGGGCCAAGCGAUCCGGAGAGUGAAACGAAUCCAAACGGCAUAAAUUAGCAUCGCCGUGCCAAGCCAGCCGAAAUCCGAAUUCGAAACAGUCGCAGCGAGGGCCCCGCGAGAGUUCUGUGCGUGUUUUCAAGAUCACAACAUCUAGCUAGGAGCAUUUAGAAUAAACUACAGAUAUGGCAAAUUUGAUCACAGUUCGUCUGCAGCGAAACGAAGGUCAACCGUGGGGAUUCCGUCUCCAGGGUGGCAAGGAUUUCUCCUCCCCACUGGUGCUGCAACGGGUAAAUGGCGGCAGCGUUGCUGAUCAGGCCGGUCUUAUGCCAGGUGAUGCCCUGGUCAAGGUCAACAGCACCGAUGUCUUUAAUCUGCGUCACAAGGAAGCCCAGGAUGUCAUCAUGGCUGCCGGAAACUCAUUCGAACUCUCAGUGUCCAGAGGAACCGCCUGGAGGCCAUCGGUCACUCCAACUGGAUCGAUCCCGUCGCCAUCGCCAUCCAUGCCCGGACACAUCACACCAGUGACCAAGACCUCGCUGGCCGCCACUCCACAGCCGGUGCAGCACAUUGGCAGCGGACACAACCAGGCUGCCAAGCCGUUCCCCUCUCAACAGCCCCAGGAACAGGUCAACGGAAGCGAUGGCCCCAUCAAGAGCAUCGUCAACAAGCAGUACAACACCCCAGUUGCCAUGUACAGCGACGAGACCAUCGCCGAAACCCUGUCUUCUCAGGCUGAGGUCCUCGCUGGAGGUGUUUUGGGUGUCAACUUCAAGAAGAACGAGCGUGUCUACUCGCCCGCCAACUCCGAGGUGUACAAGCUGCUGCACGAGCAGGGCGACGAACCGGAACCAGCCCACCACCAUCAACACCACCAACAGCAGCAACACCAUCAGCAGCAGCAUCAGCAACAGGUUCAACAUCACCUUCACCACCAACAACAACAACAGCAUCAACAACAGCUUCAACAACAGCAUCAACAGCAGCAACAACAACAGCAACACCACCAGCAGCCCACCAGCGUCGUCACAAAGCACGUCAGCGCUCCUGUCGACAAACCACCAUCGAACACCAAUGGUCUUCCAGCUGGUCAGAACAUUUGCUCCUCUUGUGAUCGUCUCAUUGUAGGCGUGUUCGUGCGCAUCAAGGACAAGAACCUCCACGCUGAUUGCUUCAAGUGCGCCACCUGUGGAUCGUCGCUCAAGAACCAGGGAUACUUCAACCUGAACGACAAGUUGUACUGUGACAUCCACGCUCGGCUGGCGGCACUGCAGAGUCCGCCACCCGGCACCAACGGAAUGGUUCCGGUCACGAUCACCAAACCCGGUCAAAAGUCUGGAGUCCAAGCCAUCUCCGCAGCCCUCAACGCCCAUGCCAAUCUGAACGGUCGCUCGCACUCUCCGUACGCCACCAAUCACCCGCCGCCCCCACCACUACCGUCACCAGCCAACACAACGACGGCAACGGCGACAAUCACACUGAACGGUAUCGGAAGCAGCAACACCAGCAGCACUCAGUCUCCGUCACACUCCCGAUCGAGCAGUACGACAUCGUCGAGCGGCUACUGCAACUCGAGUUCCCUCUCGCCGGUCCAAUCGAACAAAGUGUCCCCAUUGCAUUCGCGCACCAGCAGUGAAAACGAACUGAUCCUCGACCCUCCAACGACGACGACCACCGCCGCGACGAAACCGUACAGUGUGCAACCGUUCAGUGAAUUUAGCUAUCUACCACCGCCGCCACCCGCACUAUUGGCAGGACUAUCGUCAACGUCUCCAGCGCGCAUCGGCAGUAUGGAGAAUCCGGAAGCGAUCGAACAGCAACCGCCGCAGCAGCAGCUUCCGGUUGAGGCAGCCGACCCGAGCUCGUUCGGUCCCAAUGGGCUGGCCGUAGCUCAGGACGGCACUGCCGACUCAACGGAUGCUGUUACGCAAAACGACUACGGGUUCUUCUACAAAACCAUGGGAGGAGCCGUCAUCCGCAGUGUUUUUCCACCUGGAGCAAACGGUCGCUAUAAGAACCAGAGCAACAUUACUCCGAAACCAUUCGGUGGACCGCUGCCAAUGAGCAACCUGUCUCAGGUGCAGCCACCAUCGUCGUUCCCACCGGUAGCCGGUAGUGUUCCAACUCCGUUCGCCGCUGCCAUCACCAGCCAGGCCCCCGCACCGGCUCCAGCUCCAGCUCCAAUGGCUGCCGCUCCGGCACCACAGCCAGCUGUCUAUCCGCCGGUUGUUGCCCCCGCUCCGGCCCCUGUAGCCGCCGCCCCAGCAGCUGUGCCAACUCAACAAGGAGAUGCAUCAGACUACGAGGAAGAGGAGGAAGAAGAAGAACAGGUACAAAGACCAGCUGAAUCUCCUGCUCCCUUAUUUACCUGGCCUCCCAAGCGCCUCGACGACGAAAUUAUUCCUCUCGCUACCCCUAUCUAUAUCCCGGUUCCGGAAACGCAGAAAGUGGUCGUGAAGCCGGUUGCCCCGCCUCCGGAAAGGCCUAGGGAGAAAAGCAAAAGCAAAUCUCCACCGGAAGCGCAGAAGCAACAACAAGAACAACAACAACAACAACAACAACAACAGCAACAACCGUCACAAGAAGAAGAAAAACAAUUUGUCAAGAGUGUACAGAGCAAGUCUGCACCAGAGCUGAGCAGAAGGCGAAGUGAUGCCCAGCAGCAGCUCCAGCAGCAGCAAUGCCAGGAGGAUGAGAGUUACGAGACUUAUACGACGACGACCACUUCGACUUCGGCUUCAUCCGAAGAGUAUCAGAUGUAUUCGACUCAAACAUCCCAACCCAUAGUUACGCUCUACGAGACACCGGUUAUGGAGAUGGAUUACCCAUUCUCGUCCGGUCAACGUAGUGCCCAGGCAAGUACCGGUGCCAUGUCAGACGCUUCGUACACUCAUUUCGUAUUUCGUGAUCCUCCCAUGGAGGUGACGUCGGUUGAACCCUCGGUUGAACCUUCCAUCGAACCAGAGCCGGAACGGGCGAAAUCCCCCGAAGUGGUCAAACCGCAGAAGCGGGUGGAAUUUGUUGACUACAGUCAAGAGCUGGAGCGCUAUCUGAGAGCAGAGCGGGCAGCUAGAGAAGCGGCUGAAAAACAAAAUCAAGUGGAGAUUGAGGAAGUAACCGAAGAGUUCACGAUACCACACUAUGAGUUACCCGUUAUCAAAUCACCAAAUCCGCUACCCAAUCUCCCCAAACCGAUCGUUCCCAAUCCCGUACCCAAGCAGUGGCAGAGUAAACUGGUUCAGGCCUUGUGUACUGCACCGAAGCACCCCAUUCGCCUCACCGCAGAGCAGAUCGAGGAAGCGAACUUCAUGAAGUCUCGCAACGAAGCGUUCGUUCGUGAGCAACACGAAAACAAAAUGAGGCAAUUGGAGGCCCUGAAACGACAAGUCGAUGCCCUGGAACGCCGAUUGGACAAGAAGAAGCCUGAACCAGAACCUGAGCCUCAGCCGUUCCCUCCUCUCGACAUUCCUCGCAAAGGUUCCGUGAUGGCUAGAAUACUUGCCUCAUCCACGACCAAAUCCGAACGAUUCCCCAAAUAUCUCCCAGCUCCGGUUAUACCUCUUCCUGAGGAUUCCGCACCGUAUUUCCCACCUCCUCACUCGAUGGAACCAAUUCGCAGUGAGAAAAUUUCAUCCUUUCGUGCAUCACCAUUCUUGGAAGCGUUAACUACAGCUCCUUAUACUCCGUUUCAGAAAUUUGGCACAGAAAUACCGUCUCAGAUGGAAAACAUGCCAGUGCCUAUCGACCGAUUGACGAUGUCUGAGGCGCUGGCAACCGCACCAGAACGGCCCUAUACACCGUUCACCGAAGUUCAGUUCGAGAGAUCAGAGAUGUACGAGAAGAUGCUCAAGGAGCAACCCUCGAUCCAAGUCGAUCCCGAAAAGAACUAUUCGGCGUUUGCCUGCGUCGGUGGAAAUCGUACUCCGGUACCGUUCAGACCAAUCAUACCAGAAAUACGCGAACCAGUAGAACAACCAGCCCCACAACCAGAGCCUGAACCAGAACCGGAACCAGUUGUAGAAGAGAAAAAGCCAGAACCAGAGAAACCGAAGAAGAAGCUUCCUCCUUACCCAAGGAAGGAUGCUGGAUCUGAUCACUAUUCUCUAGCACCGAGAAGAGAGACCAAAUCUCCAUUGCAUCAACCAGCCGAAAUACCUAACUACCAACGGAAAUGGUAUAACCUACCAACGCAGAACCCUCCGCAAACACCGGAACCGCAAGAACUUCGUCAAAACGUCCCGUUGGCAUUUGUAGAUACUCAUUCAAAAUCUCAUCUCGCAAAGCCUAUCGCGCAAACUGUAAACACUGUAAAUAUUAGAGAUCAAGUUACGCUGAAAAAGUCACAACCGUUCACUACCAUUCAAAAUCGUACCAUCCCAGUCAUACAGACGACCCUGGAGGAUGAUGCCGAGUUGGCACAGUAUAACAAUGCCCAUGUCCGUCUCCAAGCGAAGGGCGUCAUUGAUCGCGGUCAGUCGUUCACUCCGUCGAUGAUCUUAACUAAACACCCGACGACUAUUCCGUACUACCAGCAUCAGCUAGGUUUUGAGGAAUAUUUCGCCGAGACAAAGUCGUUUGAUGGUCGCCAUACGCCCAUCAAGCCGGCUAGAAAGUCGCCAGCUUUUGGGCCACCACCGAACCCACUGAAGGGCUUCGCUCCGCCGCCACGUGAUGACAUCCCGAACGAGUCGGGUCUCUAUCUUUCGAUGGGUAAGCUAACAGGUGUUCCUUGGUACGCACAUAAAGACCAUGUUCCUGCAGAUAUCCAGGAGAAGAUGAUCCAACAGCAGCACGGCAUGGGCGGAGGAUAUGGCGUUUCGAAGCAGCAAAAGACCGUUACGUAUCGAGAGACUCCAGUGACCAUUCAAACUCAGCACCAUGGUGACAUGACCGUUCAGACGCGUUCGCAGGAGAGCUCUUUGAGAGAGCAGGCAUCAUCCGAAAGAACAAUUAACAGUGCAAGUCAGGUAGGAAAUGCUUUGAUUCAGAAGCGUACUAGAAUCGUGGAAGAGCACGAACAUUCGCAAUCGGCCAAAGCAGUAGACAUUUCAAAGUUUUCUUCCAAAAUUAAGGAAGAUGAAGCUCCCCAGAAAGGAUACGUCGCUCAGCAGACCAGACGAUUCUCCGGACAGGACGAGGCGUUAAACAUCCCAUCGCAGUUUCAGCAGCAGCCACAGCAACUAGAACAACAAGCACCUCAUCAGCCAGAACCUGAACCACAGGUUAUGCAAUCGUUCCCCCCACAGAUGUCCCAGCCAAAUCCCACUUCCUUCCCGUCAACAACUACUUUCCCAGAACCGAUCGUUGAUCGGUUCCCUACCAAGAGUUCACGCAAGCAUAGUGUUCUCCUUCCUAGCACUCAAGCACGUUCGCCAACACCGACCUCUGGUUUCAAAGCUCAAUUCAAUGAGUUCAUGCAAGGGUCUGGAGCACAGCCUCCACUGGCACCGCAGCGUGAGGAGCCCGAGUCAGAACUAGUACAAUCGUGGCCUCCGCAGCUACCAUCCUUCACUCCUAACACUAACCCUAUCGCUGAAAGGAGAAUUUCGCAACCUGCAGCUCCUCCGGCACCAGCGGCGCCAUCGGCUGCCAUCAAUGGACGCAGACCUUCCAAUAACAGCAUCACAGGCUUCAGUAAUAACAGCAGUAACAGCAACCUUAUGAGUAGCCAAAACAAUAAUACUGAUCGAUCUGGUGCUAGUGCAGGUUCCACCGCAUUCAACAGGGGACGUGCAGCCUGUUCGACCACCGCCCCAACUCGUGGUCGUGGUAUUAUGAACCAGGCAGUCGCUCCCGGAGGCCGUAUUCCAUUGUGUGGCUGCUGCAGUCAACAAAUCAGAGGUCCAUUCAUCACCGCUCUCGGUCGCAUCUGGUGCCCGGAUCACUUCAUCUGCCACAACGGCAACUGCAAACGCCCGCUGGCCGACAUCGGAUUCGUGGAGGAGAAGGGUGACCUGUACUGCGAGUACUGCUUCGAGGAGUUCUUGGCCCCCGUCUGCAGCAAGUGCAACACCAGAGUUAAGGGAGACUGCCUGAACGCCAUCGGCAAGCAGUUCCAUCCGGAGUGCUUCAAGUGUGCCUACUGCGGCAAGCUGUUCGGCAACAGCCCGUUCUUCCUGGAGGAAGGCGACCCGUACUGCGAAGCCGACUGGAACGAACUGUUCACGACCAAGUGCUUCGCCUGCGGAUUCCCCGUCGAAGCCGGCGACAAGUGGGUGGAGGCCUUGAACAACAACUACCACAGUCAGUGCUUCAACUGCACCAGCUGCAAGAAGAACCUCGAGGGACAGAGCUUCUUCGCGAAAGGCGGACGACCAUUCUGCAAGAACCAUGCUCGUUAAAAGGCCACGCCCCGUUCAGGGCUAGGAUUGUAAAACAAAGGGUCAACUUUUAUUAAGCUUCUUUUUCUGUUGCACAUAACUACUUUAAACCAUUAACUGAAACAACGCUCCCGAUAGACAGAGAAGGACAGCAGUUUUACGAGCAGUUUGUAAUUAAUCAUUAACAAAUUUGAAGCCAAAAAUAUUUACAUCCAGAAACGAUCAUCCCACACGACCAUAUCUCUACUAUACGCAUUGGUAACUGUUUCCAAAUCAAGAGUCCUUAGUGUUUAUCAUUCAUCAUUUGGAAAAGUGUUUUUCGAUUGAAAAAAAAAACGAAUCAUCAGUUUGCAAACUCGACUAACAGUCAUGCUUUCGGAUGUCGUCAUGAUUGACUAACGACGGAGAUGCAACAAGUGUGUGGUGUGUGCGAAUGUAUUGAGGGAGUACAAGAGAGUCAGAGAGUUAGAGAGAGGAGAACAUCGUCGCCGAAAGCUCGUUAUCAUAUACAUAUUUCCUAUAAAACGCAUCUUGACCAGCUGCUUGGAAAAGCUCACGCUACGAGGCGCUGCCAGCAGUUGACAGAGAGCUUACCAGCGAGUGAGAGAAAUCUUUCCCAUUUCGCUUCGCGUUUUCGCCCCGCACGUUCAUCGAUGUGUGUGAAGCAUGCUUUCGUCAAGUCUUCAGCAGUCACAGAGGAAACAUUUCAAGCUAUAAGUUUUUCUUUCAAGUUUGUGGAGAAAAUCUGCUUUAGUUUGUUCAUUAGAGGGAAACGAGUUGUAGGCAAGCGAGAGUGUUCUCGAGGAGGCGUAUGACGGACAACAGCAAAUAGAUUAAGCUAUAUUUUUCUGUUAAUUAAGCUUCGCUGAUCAUGAAAUGUGUAGAUAGAGACAUUAUUUAGCACGGAAAGUUUGUUACUUUAAACAAUUGAUGAAACAGAAUGAUAAAAGAGAAAGAAAUUAUUUACAUUAGAUCAUAGUUCGUAGAGAAAGCAACCAUGAAAAAAACUACAUUAGUCUCGCAAAAAAGAUUCUUGGUAAAACCACUAGGCAGAGAGAAAUCAAAAAAGGAAAAUGUCCAAAAAUUGUUUGUGUGUGAUAAAUUAUAAGAAGAAAUGUUUUUAUUUAAUCCAUAUUUAAGUUGAAAAAUUCGCUGUUGAAUCAAAAGUUGUAGUUAAAUGCAUGGUUACAAAGCAAGACAGAUAAGCUGUUAGCAAGCAGAGCAAUUAUUUAAAUAGAAGAGCGAACAACGCUGGCAAUGCUGAAAAAACAAUAUGACGCUUUAUUUUUGCACAUCAAAUUAGUGAACCGCUAGUUUCGACUACUGAAGAAUUGAAAGCAAGUAAGGAGAAAAAUGUUGUAUAAACGUACGAGAAGAAGCAGGAAGAUGAUUAAGAUAAAAGUAUCUUAUGUUGUAAGGAAA